GAACGGCAAUUAUGCCAGUCUUCGGACGCAAGUCGGGAGUAUCGGUAGUGACAGUGUGAAGAGGUACUUGGGAUUAUUUUAAAAUAAGACAAAAUGGCGGGCUUACUACCUCUCCUCAUAGCCUCCCUCGCCAUGUGUUCGGCCGACAACCCGCUCUCGGGGCUGAAGCAAGCCCUCCCCUCAGUCCCCACCCCGUCAGUGCCAUCUGUCGGUGAUGCGGUGAACGUGCGCGACGCAGUGACAGGGAACGUUUCGAACGCCGCCGGUAGCUUCGGAAGGGAGGUGCAGAAAGAGAUAGCUGCAGUUAAACAGCCUAUAGAUGAGACUAUUGCCUAUAUCGGGUCUAGCCAAUGUACAAAGGUGAAGAAGAUCCUCGGAGUAGCGUACGAGGACUACGAGGGAGAUGACGAGCCCGAACUAGACCGACUGACUCUGGAGUUCAAGGCUCCUGGCGUCGUCACGAUAUACAACAUCACCACCGCAGCGGAGCUCAUACCUGAGGCACGGGAAUUCAACCCCGCGCAGCUACUGUACAUUUUCAUCCAUGGAUUCACUGAUGAUCCCAGUAAAAAGAGUAAUACAGCUAUCAGUGAAGCGUUGCUGAGUCAAGGAAAAUCCAACGUUCUUGCCCUGGACGCUAGCUCUCUGAUCAAAUGGUUGUACCUACGGUCGUCUACCUACGUGCGGUUCAUAGGAGAGAAGCUGGGAGAAGUGCUCGCUGCCAUGGUUAACAAGGGCCACAAUCCCUCCGGCAUCCACAUAAUCGGGCACAGCCUCGGCGCUCACAUCUCCGGCUUCACCGGCAAGACCUUCGCCAACCUGACCGGCUACCGGGUGGGCCGGAUAACCGGGCUCGACCCAGCCGGGCCGUGCUUCAGCCACGUGGAACCCGAGUUGAGGCUCAAGGCCACGGAUGCGGAUUACGUGGAUGUUAUACACACGGACGCGGGGGUUUAUGGAUUGAAGGAUCCUGUUGGUCAAGUGGACUACUUCCCCAACAGUGGCUCGCAGCAGCCCAACUGCCUGUUCCAGACGUGUAGCCACAGCCGCGCGUGGUUGUACUUCGCGGAGUCGGUGAAGACCCCUGACGCGUUCCCCGCGCGGAGGUGCGAGGAUUAUGACACGUUCAAGAAGGGCCAGUGCGAGAGUAGUAUCAGUCCCAUGGGUUUCGCCUCGAAGCCCGGCACGACAGGCCGCUACUAUCUGCAGACCGGCGAAGAUAGCCCAUACGGGCUCGGCAAGCAGGGCCUGACGUGGAAAAACAACGAGGGCAUUGUGAGGAACAUUGGCGCCAAAGUUUCCAACCUAUUCGGUUAAAUGUUAAGGUGACCACCACAGAAUACUGGUGGCCACUAACGAGCCUUCCAACAGUCCAAAUAGCGUGGCUGCAAUCCAAAAUUGGUCCGUGAAUGUCAAAAACGUACAAUGUUUAAUAUUAGGAUGCCGUCCAUUUGGAUGAAUCCAUUGUAACGGCAUCCAUUUGGAAAGCUCGUCAGUGGCCUGCUUUAGACGAUAGGAUAAAAUACCGUACAAUAUGUGUCCUAACAUAAGUAGAGUUGGACCAAGAAAAGUCUGCAGCGAUUUUGAUAGCCCACGCAGUGGAUAUGUUAUUUUAAACGUCAAACUUCUAUGAAAUUAAGUAUGACGUUUAAAUAUAACACUUGCGCUGCGUGGGCUAUCAAAAUCACUGCGGGCUUUUCUUGGUCUGACUUUAGAAAAGUGGAUAGAGUUAGACCAAGAAAAGUCUGCAGUGAUUUUGAUAGCCCUCGCAGUGCAAGUGUAAUUUUAAACGUCAACGAAUUUUCAACUUCUAUGAAAUUAUGACGUAUAACACUUGCACUGCGUGCCGUGGACUAUCAAAACCGCUGCAGACUUUUCUUGGUCUAACUCUAUACAACUAGUAUGGCGACGGGGGUAGGUACCUUACUGUACCUGUAAGGAUGGGUGUGUACAGAUUUUAAAAAUAUUAUAUUGACAUUAUUAAUGCAAAUGUAAAAUGGACAAUUGCAUUGUUGUCAUUUGCGUAUUCGUUUUUUUCAUUGCCUGAUUAUAUGGUAUUCACGUGUUUGCCGUUCAUUUGCCAGUAGGCGUUGUGUAUGUUUUAAUUAAAAGGAGUAAAUUAAGUAAAUAGCACGUUAUAAGUAUAAACAACAUUAUUUGCGUUAUUUGACACAUUGUGACUGACGUAUAUAGAGAUGUAACUAACGCAAAUCGAUUGUCACAGCAAGCGAUUACGAUUGGAUGGCACGUAGACACUGAGGUAUCGAAUUGUGACGUAUAAUGAAUUUUUAUUUGAGAUUUAAAUAAAGCUAGAAUUAUAUGGUUUUCCCGCAAGCUAAAUGCAUUUAAUACACCGACCGAGUAGGUUGCACCCACUGUCAAAAUUGAAACUAACUGGGGAUCUAUUUUAAAGUUUAUUUAUGUUAUUUCUGUGUCAAAUUUGUUGUCUGUUAAGUGACGAUAAAUAUAUCCAUAUUUACAGUUAAUUAUCCACCUUUUCCUUAUUUUUAUUAAAAGAAAAAUGAAAAAUUCAUAUCGAUUUAUUUAGACGACUACCGAUUCAUGACGGUGGUGUCCGGCCAACCCUAAAAUUAAAAAAAAAAGACGUAGAACGUAAACGUUCGCAGUGCAGUUGUUUUCCUUUGUGAUUUAGAUGUGCAAGACAUUUUACGUAGUAUUGCUGUUGUGAGUGACAGACGUCAAAUACCGCAAAUAAUGUUGUUUACACUAUAGGCUAUUUUACGGUGAACAAUACCCGCCAUUUUACGCUCAAUUAUCGUUUCAGUUCUUAGAACUUAAUAUAUUUAAUAAUUUAUUAAUAUUUAGCAUGUUGUGAUGCUCCUAUUGAUUUGACAAUCAUAUUUGUGUGUUUGUUAAGUUUGACAUAGUUAGGCACUGGUCCCACCGCGAGCUAGUAAGCUAUGAGCUAUCGGCUAUAAACACGAACAAAAAAUAAGAACUCCCGUGUAAAUAAAAGAGACACGGCGAUAUUUAUAGUUACUCGCCCAGCGGUGAGCUAUAAAUAUCGCCGUGUCUCUUUUAUUUACACGGGAGUGCUUAUCUUUUGUUCGUGUUUAUAGCCGAUAGCUCAUAGCUUACUAGCUCGCGGUGCCUUACCUAAAUAAUUUAAAUAGUUUUAUAUUGUAGAUCAAUACCUCAAUAGAGAUUCAAUAGUACAUGUAAGAUGUAAUAAUGUUUUGAAAAGAUGUGUCCCGCCGAGUUUGUUGCCGGUCCCAUAUUGGGAUACCCUCCUCCAAUUGAGGGGGGAUUUAAAUCUUCUCGGGGCAGAGGUGUACGGUUGGAGCCGGUAAAGGUUUAUUUGACGUUCAUAAGCGCAUUGUAAUAUGCCUACUUGAAUAAACUAUUUUUUAUCUUUAUCUUAUCUUUUAUCAUGGAUUGUGAUAUUAUUAAUUUAUUAAAUAAUAUUUGUACCAACAUCAAAUACAAAAAUUAAA